CUGCCGAACGUGGCGAAGCACACUCUGGCGCUGACACCCCUUACAACAAAGGCCGCUGACAAGUGUUUCCCCGACUGGACUGAAGAACACCAGAAGUCUUUCGAUGCCAUCAGGGAAUUAGUAAUCAGCCCGCACUGUCUAACAACCAUAGACCAUGACAAUCCGGGAGAAAACAAACUCUUCUUGGUAUGUGACGCAUCCGACUAUGCUACUGGGGCCGUC